UUUUCUCCUCAGCCAUCGCCUCCUCAGCCAUCGCUGCCUCAGCCUUGUCGUCGUCGAGGCCCCAGGUGGGGGUGAUGAGGCCCAGGACCGCCGCCAUGCCGCCCCUCCGCCGCCUGCUGCGCCUGUCCAACCGCUCCCUCCUCGCCUUCCUCUUCUUCUUCUCCCUGUCCUCGUCCUGCCUCUACUUCAUCUACGUGGCUCCGGGCAUCGCCAACACCUAUCUCUUUAUGGUACAAGCCCGAGGUAUAAUGUUGAGAGAAAAUGUGAAAACAAUAGGACACAUGAUCAGACUAUACACAAAUAAAAACACUACUCUCAAUGGUACAGAUUAUCCUGAAGGCAAUAAUUCAAGUGAUUACGUUGCUCAAACAACAAUGUAUCUUCCAGAAAACUUCACCUAUUCUCCAUUCCAUCCUUGCCCAGAAAAGCUGCCUUAUAUGAGGGGCCUUAUCAACGUCAAUGUGAGUGAAAUCAGUUUCGAUGAAAUUCAACAGGCGUUCUCAAAGGAUUUAGACAUUGAGCCAGGUGGUCACUGGAGACCCAAGGACUGUAAACCCCGAUGGAAGGUGGCAAUCCUUAUUCCCUUUCGCAAUCGCCAUGAGCAUCUUCCAAUUUUUUUCUUGCACCUGAUACCUAUGCUACAGAAACAGCGAUUGGAAUUUGCUUUUUAUGUCAUUGAACAGACUGGUACACAACCUUUUAACCGUGCCAUGCUCUUUAAUGUUGGCUUUAAAGAAGCCAUGAAAGAUCUGGCCUGGGACUGUGUAAUUUUUCACGACGUGGAUCACUUACCAGAGAAUGACCGGAAUUAUUAUGGUUGUGGAGAAAUGCCCCGCCAUUUUGCAGCAAAGCUGGACAAAUACAUGUAUAUUCUGCCCUACAAUGAGUUUUUUGGUGGUGUGAGUGGACUGACGGUGGAACAGUUCAGAAAGAUUAAUGGAUUUCCUAAUGCCUUCUGGGGCUGGGGAGGCGAAGACGACGAUCUCUGGAAUAGAGUUCACUAUGCUGGAUAUAAUGUAACAAGACCAGAGGGAGAUCUAGGAAAAUACAAGUCCAUUCCUCACCAUCACAGAGGGGAGGUCCAAUUUUUAGGCAGGUAUAAGUUGCUGCGAUAUUCAAGAGAGCGUCAAUACAUAGAUGGUUUGAACAAUUUAAUCUAUACUCCUAAAAUACUGGUAACUAGGUUGUUUAAAAAUAUAACUGUAAAUCUCAUGCCAGAACUUGCCCCUGUUCAAGACUAUUGAAGGACGUGGAACUUGGCACAAGACAAACUAUACUACUUGGGGGGAGUUUGGGGGGAAACUUGGAAUGCACUAGAAAAUGGACAUCAGGACUUUCUGACCGUUGCGAGGAUCUGUGAGGAGAAUAGAAGGGAAGCGACUGGGUUUUUUUGCCAACGCAUUGUAGUUUAAAAAGAAGACGGGCGCCAGCAGUCGAUACUCAGAUGUUUACAGCAUGGAACCACAGUCAAGUCUUCUCUCACCACAUUCUCAACGUUAGGAAGUCACUUGGCUAUAUACACGGCUAGCACUGCGGAAUGCCAGGCACCAUUGCUUACGACUGGAAGUGGAGAGAGCGCUCUUCUUCCGGGAAAUUUUUCUACUAAAAACUGUCAUGUAAUUUAAGUGAAUGCUCUGUUUCCUUUUUAAGAUGUUUUGUACAUACGUGAUGUAAAUUAAUGUGUCCAAAUUGAUUUUAAAUAGGGUAAUGUGUUGCACUCUGCAUGUAGUUGACGGUACCUUCCCUUGUUUGAUUUUUAUUUUGCAUGGAAGAACAAAUGUAAAUUUACGUCACUAAACAAAGGGGAACCUUUGUUGUGAAAUGAAGGAACUGUUACUAAUUGUGGCCAGCUAUGACUGUAAACUGUUAUGUUUUGAGCUAUAGGCCUCCACACCUCCCUGAAUAGAAGAAGAAAUCACAGAUUUCAUAGGAUUUUCCUGGUACGAGGAAAGAAUUUCCACCAUCUUCUUCGUGCCAGGUCUCCUAUGAUCCCUUGCUUGCUUUCUCCUCUAGUUUUGCCGAGUCGCAUAAUACCAUAUCUUUUAUGCAUAUUGCAUGUGUAUUCUGAAAAAAAAAACUAAAAGAAUUGUUAUGGAUCAUGAUCUAAAAGACCUCUUAUUUUAAGUGUCUUCACAUGUGCCACUAGUGUGUGUCAGGGAUUUUGUGCCUAAAACAAUGUUCUCAAGUUUGUGUGUGUCUGUAUACUCUGUUGUAGUGGUAUUGUUUUGUUUUGUUUUUUUUUUUAAUUCCUAGUGAACAGCACUUUUAUUCCUCCAAAAUCAGAAGAGCCAAAAAUGUAUCUUCAUUUCAAGGGGAAAAACAAAAAUCUGCUCUAGUUUUUUAAGAAUUCACUGUAGAAAAAUCCAUAGUGCUUGCAAUACUGUAUGUUACUUUGAGUUAUAAAUAAGUAGCAAACCUUCCUAUUUCUAUCAGGUUAAAUGCUAGGAAAAGCACGCCUCUUUCCUGUCAUUUUACUCAUUCUGAGUUUUCUCCAUUUUUUAGGAAAUCAUACAUGAUCUUAUUGGUCAGGGUUGCUGUCUAAGAGUGUUCUAUGUGUAAUCUUUGCAUGUUUAUUUUAAUUUUCAGUGAACUGAGCCAUUUCUUCUUUGUUGAAACAGAAUAGGCUAAUAUCUUGCUCCCUUAUUUUGAUGAGAUGUCAGCAUAAUAAUCGUUCAAUGUUUUUGAACCAAAGAUUUUCUUUAGUCCCCAGAGUAUUGUUAUGAGUGGUAAAACAGUUUCAGAAUCAUGGCUUGAUUUUGGAGUGUAGCCCAGAAUGAUAGCAUUAUCACUGAUAUAGUCGUAAUUUAAUUCGCAUAAUGAGAAUGGUCCACCAUGAGAACUCAUGAAAAUGAGGGAAAUCAAGAUAUUGUAAUGCAUGGACGGGGAUGAUUAUCUGGGACUCCAGUGAGCAUUCAUUAUGACAAGUAUUGUUUUCAAUUUGAUAAGCUCUUGUUUUAUGGAAGUGAUAUUAACAUUUGCCUUGUGAACUGUUCCAGCAAGGUGUUUGAUCUCACAGGGGUAACCGCAGGUAACUUUCUGAGCAGCACAAAUGACCACAAACUACACCCGAAAAUCACUGGGAUGCCGGCAAUGGGGUGAAAAUUGAUAAGUAUGGCAAAAAGCAAGACGACGAGACAGAUUUUUUUAAAUUUCUUUUUCUCAUUGCUUGGAAACCACGUACGAAUAUUUCUUUCACGUCCUCCUGAGGAGAAUUUAAAAAAAAACAUAAGCUUUGAUUUUUUAAAAAAAGCUUGUUGAAGUUUUGUGUAAUUUGAAUUUCCAUUUUUUUUUUCAGAGCAAAUAUAUGCUCUCAGUUUUAUGGGAAAAUAGAAUGGAAAUACUAACCAUUUGUCGGAUACCAACACUACAUUAGACAGCGUUUAUGGCAAAGUAAAUUGAAUUGUUAGGUUCUUAAGCACUUGAUUUUUAAAAAUAAAAUUAAGUCCAUGUAUUUCAUGAGAGGAAUAUAGUUUUAUUAGGAUGUAAUAAAUAGCUUUACAUUUCUCAGUCUCUUAAAAAAAAACUUUAGUUGUGAGUUUUAAGCUGGCUACAUUUUUGGCAUUUAUCCUUUGUGAUGGGUGGACUGCUGUAUGAAGGAUUUGGUAGGAUUCACCCUGCAUUCCGCCUGUUUUGACUGUGAAGUGUCAACCUGUGGAAAUUGUGGGCAUUACCUACAUACAGUAUACAGAGUGUGUUUCAUAGUGGGUUUGGCAGAAGCGAGGGAAUUAGGCCAAACUAUAAUGAUGUUUGAAACAUCCCCAAUUUUGCCUCAGAAUGAAAAUAUCCCACUGGAGGUGCAGUAUUCAUGGGAGGUGGGAAUUAAUCGAUGGUAUUUGAGAGCUUAUUGAAAGCAGAUCACUGUACUAAGCACUUGGGAAAGUACGAUACAACAUCGAGAUAUGUCUGCUUGGGCCAAAAUUAGAUCGAUUUUUAGAAUGUGCAAAGAUAUUUUCCAACCAUUUCUUUCCUUUUCUAUUCCUUAGUCACCCAAUUUGUCAAGAGCCCUUAAGGACCAUCAUGUAAGUGUGCUUUAUUCUAAAAUGUCUUGGGUGCCAUAAUACACUGUAGCGAGAGGUAACCUAGUGCCUUUGAGCAAAGGAAAAGAGAUGAUGGGUGCAUGCCAGAGUGUGCCGACCUGUGCAGAAACCUGCUGAGGAUGUUAAAUCUACUCAUGGACCGGCACAUACAGGGAAAAAAACCCAAGAAUCUUUGUGCAGUAUGGAGAAAUGGUAAAAUAAAGCGUAAGGCCAAAUGAAUCCAGAAGCACAUUAACAUUCUCCUUCUUCAAGGUUCUAAGCAACAGUAAUGGCAACGUUUCAUUUGACCAGGAAACCAGCAAACAUGGCAAUUAUUUAAAACUCACCUCCUUUUCCUUCCCCACCGAACAGUCAUUUCCAUUUUAACCUACAAUGGAAGCUAGUCAAUGUGAAAUCUUCCUUUUAUCGGAGGAUAUCUUGACAAGUGAAUGCAAAGUGUUUGUCAUUUCAGUUUGACCUUGCCGGUCUGCGUGUUUUCCUUUUGUACCUCUCAGCUAAAGUAAUAGUAUACUAGUCUCACUGCAGCCAAAUUAACAAGCAUGCCAAUUGUGAAAACUUUAAAAGGAUUCAGUGUUGCGUAUCACAAAGAGGAAGUGUACUUAAAAUUACUCUAUAAAAACAUGAGAGGCUUCUAUAAAAAUGCACUGAAAUAAAUGCUGGGAACUUCUUUGUGUACUAUCAUAUUAUGAUUUUGGUUUUGCUCUUCAUGGAAAUGUUUGUACUUUUUUAUCAUUGUCUUUUAUGAAAUAUAAUGUUCUAAAGAUUU